GAUGGCUUUUCAGGGCCAGAGUCUAGCAGGCCCUCCGGUAUAUAUUGAGGAGCGAACCCAUGUGAGGGGUUUAAUGAGGGAGAUAGAAUCUAUUGAAGGAGAAGGCCCUUAUUGCAGCCAAACCUCUUCAUCAUCACCACCACCAGCACCCCCCUUUCUUACUAGUAGUAGUUGUGCCUUGGUCUCUCUCUCUCUCUCUCACCUGCUCUAUUAUAUUUUUUAGUUUUCUCAGCAGCCGCAUCAACAGCAGUGGAAAUGACUAAACAUGAAGACUUUAAGCUCCUCAAGAUACAGACAUUCAUCCUCAAAGUGAACAUACACUGUGAUGGGUGUAAGCAGGAGGUGAAGAAGCUUCUUCAAAGGAUCGAAGGAGUCUAUACAGUUAGCAUAGAUGCAGAGCAACAGAAGGUCGCAGUCUCAGGGAAUGUGGACUCCAAGACCCUGAUUAAGAAGCUGGCCAAGUCAGGCAAGCAUGCAGAGCUCUGGACUCAGAAGCCCAACAACCAGAGCCACAAGCCCAACCAGCAGCACCAAGCUGCCCAAUCCCUUAAAGAUGGCAAGAAGAACAACAAAGGCCAGCCAAACCAGGCCCUCAUUCAAGGUCUCAAAGCCUUCAAGAACCAGCAUGGAAAGCUUGAUUCAUUCAGCUCCGAUGAUGAGGACUACGAUGAUGAUGAGGAGGAGGAGGAGGAUGAGCCUCAGCUACUUGGCAAUAAGAUGAAUCAAUUCAAUAUACUGAGGCAGGCAAACAAUGCAGCAGCAGUAGCAGCAGCUAGUGUUAGGGAAAAUGGCAAUGCAGGUAAUGGCAACAAUGGAGCUGGAAAGAAGAUAGGAAACUCCAACCAGAAUAUGGGGCUCAAGGGCCCAAAUGGGCCAGACUUGAAGGUCUUAAACGGUGCACUCCCCAACAACAAGAUGGGCAAUGUUGCCCACUUUGCUGGUGGCAACUUUAGUGCAGGGGAAGGCAAGAGGGUGAGUGACAUCAAUGGCUUCAUGGGCAUGGGAGGCCUCCAAAGGGUUGGUGGGAACAAUGGGUUAGGGUUCCACCAAGCACAGCAGCAGCCAGGGAGCACCUUCCCCUCAGGCUUCCCAACAACUGGUGGUGGUGGGCUUGGAGGGGCCCACCAGGCAGCCAUGAUGGGGAACCUGCAGGCUUAUCAGAACCAUCCAUCAUCCAUGAUGAUGAACUUGAGAGGGCUCAACAACAGCAACAACGUGCUGAUGAAUGAAAGCAGAUACAUGCAGCCCCAGAUGAUGUAUAAUAGAGCUCCACAAGUCCUACCCUACACUGGUUAUUACUAUCCCUACUACCCAAGCCCUUAUCCCAAUCACCAGUCAGAGACUGCUGACUAUGGUGCCCAUCUUUUCAGUGAUGAGAACACCAGUAGCUGUGCUGUGAUGUAAAAGAUGAGAGGUCCACUGGGAUCAGGGGGUGUGAGGUGUGUGAUAAACAAAGUACUGGGUACUUCUGGUUGGUUUACCUUUUCUUUUUCUGUCAUUAACUCUUGCUCUAAAUGGUUCAUAUGGUGCUAUUUGACA